AUGGACAGCCAACAACGGAAUUAUCCGAAAGGUGGCUAUGGAGCUUAUACAGAAGAUUCUUAUAAUAAUAGACUCCAAACAGAUGCACAGUCAAGCUCAUAUUUUCAAUCUAGUUCUAGUAACGUUCCAAGCAAAAUGUCAGAAUAUGAUUCGACCAAGAAACCUUUAGUCUCAGGUACUGAUUCUAAAGGUUUUCAGUAUAGGUCACCAGAAAUAGGACGUGUGAUACCACAGGGGGAAAUAAUUAAUAGGAUUGUUCCAUAUUGGGAAUUGUUUAUUAGUAAUGCCGGACUUUUCGGCUACCACAUAGUGUCUAGUGCCGCUAAAAACAUCGGAACGGACGAUGCCUUGAGCAUUCUAUUUUUUAAAGGAUGUAAUUCCGAACAUGCUCAAUCUAAUCUUGAUGUGUGUGCUACAUCCAUUUUAUCUUGGAGUUUAGUGGGUGGAUCAUUAUUAUAUCUAGCCUUUGUUUCGAUAUUAGCAUUCUUAUUGUUCAUAGAAUGUAAACGCCAAGGAUAUCCCGCGACAUUCACUGCUUUGUGGAAUUCUCCAUUAUUUCUUGUGUGUUAUUUCUUUAAAGAAAAUAGUCGGAUUGAUCUUUUAACGAUUCCGAAUAAAUUUAUUGGAUUUAAAAAAUGGACUCGAUUACAUUUACAUAGAUUAGGUUUAGCCAUUUACUCGUUUAUAACUACAGGAAUUAUCAUAUAUUACCUCAAUACAAAUUUAACGGUAGACCAAGAUGAUCUUAAGAUACAAAAACAAUAUAAAGCUGGUGACACAUUCUAUAAAAUAUAUAAUCCAUUCUUUUUACCUUAUUAUGCUGCCAUGUACUUUUACGUUAAGACUAUUUUAUCUUCCGUUAUUGAAAUUAAAAACUUUUCGGACUUUGAAAAUGCGGAAUUAGUAGGAAUUAAUUACGCUUCUUUAAAGAUUCACUAG